AUGUUCAAGUUUUUUGUACUAAUAGCAUUGAUUGCUACUACUUCUGUAUUUGGAAGUUCAGAUGGAAAUAAAGAAAGAGAAUAUAGAAAAUUUAUUGGUGAAAGAGAAUUGCCAGUUCCAUUUAAAACAAAAGUUACAGAGGCAUUAAAGACAGGUCAUACAAUUCAUGUUAUCGGAACUAUUUCUGAAAAACCAAAAAGAAUUGAUUUCAAUUUUCAUAAAGGAGCAAGUGAUGAUGCUGAUAUGCCUCUUCAUCUUUCAAUUCGCUUUGAUGAAGGACUUUUCCAUAGUAAAAUUGUUUAUAACAUUUAUGAAAAUGGUAACUGGUCUGAAACUGAACAAAGAAUUGCAAAUCCUUUCAAAGCUAACUCUGAAUUUGAUUUAAGAGUUCGUAUCACUGAUGGUGAAUUUAAAAUGUAUGCAAAUAGAAAAGAAAUUGGUGUUUUUAAACAAAGAACCUCAAUUGAUGGAAUUGAUCAUAUUUCAAUUAAAGGAGAUUUAAAAUCAUUAAAUCUUUUUAAAUAUGGUGGAAUUCUUUUUGAAACUCCAUAUACUGCUCUUGCAAAUCUUACACCAGGAAAAAGACUUGAUAUAUCUGCUAUGCCAAGAGGAAAACGUAUUGAUAUUGAUCUUUUACGUAAAAAUGGUGAUACUGCACUCCAAGUCUCAAUUAGAUAUGGUGAAUCAGCUAUUGUAAGAAAUUCUAAAACCGGAGAAGUUUGGGGACAAGAAGAUAGAAGUGGAAAAUUCCCAUUAAAUAAAAAUGAACUUUUUGAUGUUACAAUUAUUAAUGAAAGUUGGUCAUUCCAACUUUUCUUUAAUGGAAAAAGAUUUGGAACAUUUGCUCAUCGUGGAGAUAUUAAUGAUGUUAAGAAUUUAGAAAUUACUGGAGAUGUUGAUAUACUUACAGUUACUAUUAACGAUGUCAUUUCUUCAUAA